CUCCACCGCAACACCAGCUGACCCAGCUAUGUUUACACCACUGCCGCAGCUGACGUCUGAGACUUCCCUUGACGCUCUUGCUCCUCCGGUGGUCCAUAUCUCCCGUGAAAUUCGCCGUUCCAGUAAGGUCAACGAGGUAUACAGCAAGGCCUUGGAUGAGCACGGCCCAGUGAUUAUCGUCCCCAGACACGGCCGCAAAGAAUAUGUCAUUGACCACCGAUAUGCCCACGAGGUUCUCACCGACACCAAGAACUUUACAUUCGAAAAGGCAGCCUUUGAGCUGCUUCAUCUAGGUUUCCUGGCACUCUUUGACAACGGCGCCUUCGUCCGCGAUGUCGACAGUCUGGUGGAGAACAACGUCCAGCCGCGCAUGAAUGCCAUUAUUGAACAGAUCUUUCCCGUCUUUGAGCAAUACUUCGACCGAUUGGCGGAUGACCUGCCCGACCCAGCCGUCGACAAGACGGCCAUCGAGUUUCCUGACAUCUUCCAUCGGAUACAGCUCGCCGUCGCCCACGCCAUGGUCGUCAUGAUCCUCGGACCCGCGCACGCGUCCUCCAUCGUAGCGGGUCAUUUCGCCGCGGUGGCGGUGGCCAUGGCCAAUAUGACCGGCAUGCAUGAGAAUACGCAGGAGUGGGCAUGGCUCCCAUGGCUGUGGGUGUUGGUCAAUGGACUCUCCGCCGUCCUCUUCACGAUCAUUCCAAGGUUUUUCUUCCACGUCGUUCCUUCGCUGUGGAAAGCCCGGAACAAGCAUCUGGAGAACGGUCUCGCCGCCAAACACGGCCAGUUCGUCCCACUCUUUGACAUCCUGCUCGCGAAACACUACCACGGCACGACCGGGUGGUUUGCGCUAGCCGGAUUCUUCCGCUGUGUCAUCCUCUGCGUCGGGCUCAUCUUUGCCUCCAUCCACCAGACUGUCGUUGCCGGCCUCUGGAUCCUCAUCAAGCUCACGCAGAAGCAGGAUGAGUACCUGCCUGCUUUACGCGAGGAAUGGGAGCAGGUCAGCCCGGCGGGCGAGUGCCUGAACGUCAAGAAACUCACCCAACUGACACUACUCGACUCCUUCAUCCGUGAGGUCCUCCGAACGAAGGGCGAUUCGUGGGGCCCCGUGCGCCAGACCACUCAGCCUGUCCGUGUGGGACCAUACGUGCUGCCGAAAAACGCCAUGUGCCUUGUGCUUAUCUCCCGGGCGCACCAGCAUCCUGACAACUACGGGACGGAGGGAACUGUCUUCAAAGGCUUCCAGUGGGUAGAGAAGGGACGGCCGGCGGUCCAGGGCACCCCCGAGUUCCUGACGUUUGGGCUGGGCCGAUGGGCGUGUCCCGGAAGGCAACUUGCCAUCCAUGAGAUCAAGAUCAUACUCUACAUGAUUUUUUCCAAGUUCGACGUUAAGCUUAAGGGGAAUACCUACCGGGUGAUCAACACGAUUAACACGACCUCUGUCGCGCCAGAAGCGACCUUUCUGUUGAGGCGGAGAGACUGUGUGAACGGCAAGCCGGGUGUUUCAUCGUCCUGGAAAUCGAGAACAGGGGAUAAUGCGCUGGCUGGAUGAAUCAAUU